UGUCGUGCGACAGCGUGAGUGUCAGGUGCUGCUUCGUUACAGUGAAACACCGGGUAGCAUGUCAAAUGAGACUCCUUAAGACGUCUCAUUGCGUUUUGCUGACAGGUUAUCUAUUGUCAAGGAGAACCAUUGAUCCAAACCACAAUCAGACAUGUCGUACUGCAGGGAAGACGGAAAAGAUCGCAUCAUUUUCGUGACCAAGGAGGAUCAUGACGCUCCCAGCAACGCCGAGCUGAUCGCAGAUGACCCCAACGACCCCUACGAGGAGCAGGGCCUGAUCCUUCCUGACGGGGGGAUAAACUGGAACUGUCCGUGUCUCGGCGGCAUGGCCAGUGGGCCGUGUGGAACCCAGUUCAAAGAGGCGUUCUCGUGCUUCCACUACAGCAAAGAGGAGGUGAAGGGCUCCGAGUGCAUCGACAAAUUCCGCAGCAUGCAGGAGUGCAUGCAGAGGUUCCCCGAACUUUAUCCCCAGGAGGACGACAAGGAAGACUCGUCUCAAGAGUCUGCUCCUGCCGACGGCUCCGCCUCUGAGAGGGACUCUAGUCCGUCCGCCGUUGAGGUGUCGCCUGAGAACCCGCCGCCCACAGUCAACCCGACUGCCAGCUAAAACCGGCCUGUUGUGACGGCUGGAGCUCUGAUUCGAGCUUCAGGUUUCCUUGUGGAAGAAGACCAACAGAGACAUUGUGUCAUCUACAAAAAUGUGGGCUUCUACUUUUCCUGGGACCUUAAAAAUGUUGUAAAAGCUAAGAUGGCUGUUUCCUACAGGUCCAUUUAGAUGAAAGGUUAAUGCAACUCUAGUCUAAUUUUAUGCUUUAAAGCAGUUAUCAUUCUUGUAUUUUCAGAAGCGCAUCACAGCACUGAUUCAUCCAAAGCAGCAGAAUCCUGAGCGGUGACCGUCAAACCUGUUGUUUGUUUUUUCUUAGCAUCGUUUGUUGACGCCCCCUAUUUUAAUUAAUUACUGGAGACCAAAGCUAAACAGAAACAAGGGCUGCUGUUCAAACCACUGUGCAGUUUACAUGUUUCCUGAAGUCUGAACAUGCGUGUUCAGCAGGAACUUCGGGGUCGCUGCUUCCUUCCUGCAGUCACCGACACGUGAACGGUGGUGGCAGACCGGGGCUUGACCGCUGAUCUCACUGACGUUUCACAGAGCGCUCAGAUUAAAAAGACCUUUAAAAAAAA